AUGAUCGCCAAAUCCGAUAGAGACAUCAUCGCAAUCCCCUUGAAGAACGUCACGUACCACUGGUUGGUGGAGUCGAGCACGGAGUGGAAAUCCGACAUCGCAGAGGCUCGUUCACUUGUCGGAGAGCAUCUGAAGAUAUCUAAGUCAGCUAUUGUCACGUCGUUCGGCCUGUAUUGGAUGCCCUGGGACUUUCGGCAUCGAGGGAAAGACCGCCCCCGCAUGUGGUGGUGUCCAACCGGACCCUUUGCGCACCUUCCGAUCGACGCCGCGGGGGUCCAGAAUUCACGGUGCUCCGACUACGUCGUUUCAUCGUAUACACCGACGCUCGGCGCCCUACUGGCGGCGAGGUCAGCGUAUGCACGCGUCGAAAAACAGAGGGUUAGGGUACUUGCUGCCGCAGUACCCCAAUCGUACGCUGCGCAGUGGAAGGACCUGCUCUUUGCGUCCGAAGAUGUUGCGGCUGUCAAAGCGAUCGUGCCUGAAGGGGCCGCCAUAACCAUAUCCUCGGACGAUGACUCUCAAAGCGGAGAUGUUGGUGUCACCGUAGCCGCAUUUCUUGAGAAGCUGCUGCAAGCAACCAUGGUGCAUCUGGCAUGCCAUGGCCACCAAGAUGCGGAUGACCCGCUGAACAGCGGGUUCGUCAUGUGCGACGAGACCCUCACGAUCGAGAGGUUGAUGCCAAUCCCGCUGCCGAACGCUUUCAUGGCAUUCUUGAGCGCAUGCGAGACUGCCAAGGGAGACAUAAAACAACCGGACCAAGCGAUCCACCUCGCCGCUACCAUGCUUUUCGCCGGCUUCAAGAGUGUCAUCGCUACAUUAGGGGGACUCAAAGUUGGCGAUUAUGCACUGAUUAUGUGUUGGAUUAUGCGUCGAUUCUGUGUCGAUUCUGGUGUCGCUACACGACUAUAA